UUUGGUCCCCGGAAAAAAGACUAGAUAUCAACGCCUCUCAUCAGUGGAUCAAAUAUCAAGACAUAUCAUAAAUUCAUAAUAAUGGUGCAGUACCACGAACUCGCUCUUCAAAGAAGCUUCAGCUACAACACAAGAAAGAUCGAUCCAGAGACCUCUCUGUCCCGAGGCUCUCAUUCUCGUUCUCCUUCCUCCCUCGCUUUGAUCCCAACCAUCCCUGAGCAUGAACUCUUCCUCAUACCUUGCGGGAGAGACUCCUCCUCCUCCUCUUCUUCUUCCUCCUCUAGCAGCAUCGUUAAAGUCAACGUGAAGCUUUCUUCCCUCUUGCGUUCUCUCAUCAAACUCAUUAACCUCCCCGUUUGCAACUUCCUCUCGUUUCCUUCUUCCUCCAGCGUUUCUAACCAGAUGAUCUCACUCGUCACCGGUGGAUCCUCUUCCCUCGGGAAAAGAGUCACCGGGACGUUGUACGGACACAGAAGAGGCCAUGUCACGUUUUGCGUCCAGUACGGUCCGAGUUCCGACCCAGUGCUGCUCUUAGACCUAGCCAUGUCAACGGCAUCUCUAGUCAAAGAGAUGUCGUCAGGACUAGUCAGGAUCGCGUUGGAGUGCGAGAAACGUCACCGGUCGGGUACAAAGCUUUUCCACGAGCCUAAGUGGUCCAUGUAUUGCAACGGGAGGAAGUGCGGUUACGCGGUGUCACGUGUCGGCGCGUGUAACGAGUCGGAUUGGCGCGUGUUGAACACUGUAUCUAGGGUUACGGUUGGAGCUGGAGUUAUUCCUACGGCGAAGCAUAUUGAUGACGUGUCAGGUGGUGGAGAGGAGGUUGGUGAGUUGCUGUAUAUGAGAGGUAGAUUUGAACGAGUAGUCGGGAGUUGUGACUCGGAAGCGUUUUACAUGAUGAACCCUGACAAAAACGGAGAAAUUUGUGUAGUAUCAAGAAUGGAAGGAUCUGAUGAUUAAUCAGUAUGUGGUUGUCUAUCUCAUUCCUAAAGUGUAUCUUUGGAUAGGUUCAAGAAAUCAUAUGCAUGGUUCAAGUCUAUGUGACUUCUUGAUGUCUUUAAUAAUGGGAAGGUUGUAGCCUUUAUGAAUUCUUGAUGUCUUUACUACUGAGAAAGUUGUAACUUCUAUUUAUUGGUAACGAUGUUAGUCUUCUCUUUGGUUUUGGUGGUCUACCGGUUGAUCAAAACCAAUUCUGAAGACAGUCAGAUCAGAUGAAAUAUCUGUUUUGGUCUCCAAUUUUUUAGUAUUA